UGGAUAUACGCCGAGGCACCUGGAAGAACAUUUUCGAAGCGAGCUUAAGGCGUGGCGGGAUAAUAAAUUUAUAUUGUUUUUCUAUAUCUGGAUGGAUUUUAGAAUUGUAAUGCAAGACGGAAGAUUUAAUGACUACGGACACUGGACAUGAGGGAUAAUUAAACCCAACCAUUUAAAUGUGCAACAAACAAUAACCCAGACUAACUGGGAUGUGCUAGACGUUCCGUUCCUUAGAAAAAUCUCAAUGGCCAUCAAGCUUAGCUUCGAUCCAUGUAGUACUUCCUGUAAACACCUGUCGGUAUUCCUACUUAAGAUAUACUGUUUGGCACUCAUACUCCAAAGUGUCACUGCCGAUUGGCUAAUGGACUGUGGAAACUGUCACUGCAAAUGGAACUCUGGCAAAAAGACUGCCGACUGCCGCAAUUUGAGCCUAAGUGGAGUGCCAGAGUACCUCAGUCCGGAGGUUCAAGUGCUGGAUUUGUCACACAACCAUAUAUUCUACCUGGAGGAGAACGCUUUCCUGACCACAAACUUGCAAAAUCUCCAGAAGCUACUCAUACGAAAUGGCACCCUCAAACACAUCAACCAGCGGAGUUUCACCCAACUGCAGAUCCUAAUAGAGCUCGACUUGUCCAACAAUCUACUUCUAGACUUGCUACCCAAUGUGUUCGACUGUCUUUCGAAAGUACGGGCUAUAUUGCUGAAUGGCAACCUGUUGCAAGCACUUCGCAAUGGAGUCUUCCGCAAUCUCAAGUAUUUGCACAAGAUCGAAAUAAAGCGCAAUCGCUUGGUUAGCAUAGAUGCCCAGGCUUUUGUGGGAGUACCACUUCUCUCGCAGAUCUAUCUGGACAACAAUGAGCUGACCAAACUGAGAGUGGAGAGUUUCCAGGACUUGAACAAGCUUACAGCAUUAUCGCUAGUCGAGAAUCCCUGGAACUGUACCUGCGAUCUUCAGAUGUUUCGUGACUUCGUUAUAGGUAUGAACCUAUACACCCCGCCCACAUCCUGCCAUUAUCCUUUGCAGCUACGUGGUCGUCUGUGGAUCGAGGAUCAGCCGGAGGCGUUUGCCUGCAAGCCGAAAAUAGUCUAUCCGACGCUCAGUACUUCCAUCAACUCUUCCAAGGAGAACGUAACGCUUAUAUGUCGCGUCCACGGAUCUCCUAAUACGGUUAUUGCCUGGGACUACAGCAAUGAAGUAUACGAGACCCGCUCCAAGCCGGUGAAAAGUCUGCAAAAGCAGCGUGUUUACAUAGAACUGUUGCGGGAGGAUGAACCAAAGGUUCGGAAAUUCGGACAUGAUGUUUUUGUGUCACGUCUUACGAUAGUUAAUGCCAGGAAGAGCGAUGAGGGCGUCUAUACCUGUCUGGCGGAGAAUCCCGGUGGCAGGGACUCGGUUCACAUAAGUGUGGUCGUCCAAAAGGACCUGAAACACAUUUCCCUGCUCGACAGCAACUUCUUUGCGAUAGUAUGCCUUAUAGCCGUGGGUUUUCUCAGCAUGUCGAUCCUCUUUUCGUUGGUCACUUGCCUGAUUUUCAAGAGAUUCAAGCAGUUUCAUCCCGGCCAGCACACUUAUUUGCAACCCACUAGUUUUCCCGUGCAGUCACCCGGUAGUGAAGAUGCUACCGCCAUCAGCGCCCUUAGUUCUGGAGUUUUACGGGAAAGCAAGAUCGCGCUGGAUCCAUUAAGUGCUACUGGUGGACCAUCAAGUAACUACAAUUUUAUUAUAGCAUCCAGUCCGAAUGGCGAAAUUUACCCAGGCACGAGAAAUUAUGAAGACGUAAGGUUAAAAAGCAAUAGUUAUAUUGAAAAUCUUGACAAUCAGACGGAGUCCACUUCAUCGCGGAAUCGGGAGCUCUAUUCUCAUAUUGCGGGAGUCCAGGAAAAAGGAGCGCCUAAACAGAAAGAUGAGCUCGAUAAGGAUUCCCGGCUGAGUUCCUCGCAAUCAACAGGCCGCUCAAAACAGAAGGGACAAAUCGAAGAACUCCAACCGGAUCUGUUGCCUUCCACUGAACCCACUGCCUUAAAAAUGAUUAAUGAACCUUUCGGUCCACCAUCUAAAAAAGGAGAAGUUAACCCCCGAAGCAAGUACAAUACGAAUGUGCAAAAGUACCUAAAGGAAAAGUACGGCAGCGUUAGAAUAAAGAAUAACAGCAGUAAUAGCCCCAUUAGUGGUGAUAAUACCUCAUCAUAAUAUAUUUACCUUUUAUAAUAUGGCAUUUCCCACCUUUUACUGUUGCAAAGCCACCGUAACCCCCAGCCAUUGAAAUUUUAGUAUGUCCCUGGAUUUUGAAUCUUAUCUAGCCCUACCUCUCUUGGACAUCCAGGAGAAAAGAGGACAUAAGAGAAUAACCUUCCUUGAGUCCUAAUCAAGAAGAAAUGUACCUCGCCUUAUUUCUGAUAGUAAAUUAUGUAUUUUAAAAGGGUACUAACAUAAGAAUAUUUAUUUACACAGUUCUAAGUGUUUUAACCCACGCACUUUAGGUGAAAGGAAUGUAAUAAAAAAGUUUUAA